AGGUUGUGUAAAAAAACGCCUGCACCCACGCGAGCAAGAGGACUAGGGUUUCUCUCCCUGUCGAUUCACACCCGCACUCGCGUCGCUCUCCUCACUCCUCUCCUCUCUCCUGCGGACGGAUCUCGCCGCCCCGUCGCCUCGCAAGCACGUCGCCGGCGCGCAUCCUCACCGCGCAGAGAGAUGGGCUUGUGGAUGCUGCUGGAGGGUUUUUUGCUUCUUGCAAAUUCUUUGGCGAUCCUGAAUGAAGACCGCUUUCUUGGUCCCAGGGGAUGGAGCAUGUCUGAAGUUUCAGGAAAUGGGCAAACAAAGUCGUUGAAGGGGCAGAUCGUGGGGCUCAUCUACGCCACUCAGUUUUUGCGGAUGCCCUUGAUAGCGCUUAAUGUUCUUAUCAUUGUUGUGAAAAUGGUGUCAGGCUGAGGCUCUUUGUCGUGUCUCUGCUGUUGGGUUGAACUGAUUUCAGUUCCAGCAUUAUGUGAAAGCUAAUCGUGUUCAAAAGUUGCUGCAAGGAUGUUCACGCUGACUUGAAUGCCUGUUGGCUUUGUUGCUGUAAAUCCCUCCUUGCUCUGAGGGUAAUCUUUCCUCCUGUAUGACUUGUGAAUCAUGCAUGCAUCUGUUGCUAUUGGUGUGGGGGUAUGCACUUACGCUACCUUGAUCACCAUGUAAAUGUUCAGUCUAAUUUAAACAUCGGUACUGCUUACGGUUAAUGACAUUAUCUGGUGGCAGAACCAACGUUUUCUGUA